AUGAAGUUCACAACCAGCAUCUUCAUCGCCGUCCUCGGCCUCGCCUCUGGCGGCAACGCCGCCCCGGCACCCAUCCCCAAGAAUAUGGUGCCCGUCCCCUUCCCCGAGGACCUCAACGCCACAUCCACCCUCUCCGUCCGCGCCCCAGUCCCAAACACGGACGAAAAGGACGCGGAAAGGAUCCCCUUCACCCAGCACGACCACAAGGCCAUCUGCCAGCACCGCGCGCUCCCCCUGGACGUCGCCCACACCUACUCGGUCAUGACCAACCCCGGCCUCGAGUCCGUCCCGGACAUCGCCAAGACGUGCGGCGACCUAUGGAGCAGCCUGCGCCGCCACUCGGGCUGCGCCGCGUCCUCGGGGGCGACGUGCCGCGAGCACGACGACAUGAAGGGCGUCCUCGUGUGGCACUUCACCGCCUCGUCGUUUUGCAACGUUGGCAUGGUCGGCUCCGCGUGGUGGGAGGCGACGCACAACGAGUUUGGCCAGCUCGCCUGCGCCAACGUCAACGAGCUGUCCUUCUCGUAG